GUCAACUCUCUCGCGUAGCUCCUGACUCCUGCCCUUGUUCUGGGAGGCUUCCCUCUUGAGAGGAAACUGGGACAGGCCGAUUUCCACUCUUCCUUUUCUCCUGUGCCUUUUCACACCCCAGCCCAGAACACCUCAUGCUCCCUCUGAUGAACACUGUGCGCACGGUACACUGCCGACACGGGCAUGUCUGUCUGUAUGUGUAAUGUGUAUGUCCAUUUCAGUGUUGUCUGUUUUAGUAUGCAGGUGAUAGACUAGAGAACAAGACCUCUGUCUCCGUAGCAUCCUGGAGCACCCUGAACGCCAGGAUGGAUAACCGUUUUGCCACAGCAUUUGUAAUUGCUUGUGUGCUUAGCUUCAUCUCCACCAUCUACAUGGCAGCCUCGAUCGGCACAGACUUCUGGUAUGAGUAUCGAAGUCCAGUCCAAGAAAACUCAAGUGAUUUGAAUAAAAGCCUCUGGGAAGACUUCAUCAGUGACGAGGCAGAUGAAAAGACUUACAGCGAUGCACUUUUCCGAUACAACGGCACAGUGGGACUGUGGAGACGAUGUAUCACCAUACCCAAAAACACCCAUUGGUACAGCCCUCCAGAAAGGACAGAGUCAUUUGAUGUGGUUACAAAAUGUAUGAGUUUCACACUAAAUGAGCAGUUCAUGGAGAAAUUUGUUGACCCCGGAAACCACAAUAGUGGAAUUGAUCUGCUUCGGACCUAUCUUUGGCGUUGCCAGUUCCUCUUGCCUUUUGUGAGUCUGGGUUUGAUGUGCUUUGGGGCUUUAAUUGGACUGUGUGCUUGCAUCUGCCGAAGCCUGUAUCCCACCAUUGCCACAGGCAUUCUCCAUCUCCUUGCAGGUCUCUGUACACUGGGCUCAGUGAGUUGUUAUGUUGCUGGAAUUGAACUGCUCCACCAGAAACUGGAGCUGCCUGAGAAUGUGUCUGGUGAAUUUGGAUGGUCCUUCUGCUUGGCUUGCGUCUCAGCUCCCUUACAGUUCAUGGCUUCUGCCCUCUUCAUCUGGGCUGCUCACACCAACCGGAAAGAGUACACCUUAAUGAAGGCAUACCGUGUGGCGUGAAUGAGAAACUGCCUGCUCUACAAUUGCUUUUUUAAAUUAAUUUUUAAUAUCAAUAUUCUUCCUGGCUUUCUUUCCAGUUUUUGAUUUUAAUCUUUUUUGUGGAUAUAUCAUUUUACCCAGAAGAUCAUUUUAUUUAUACAUAUACACUACUUAACAAUACCACUGAAAUACACGUGGCUUAUUCUGAGUGGUUCUGUCAUUUAAGUUCAGAUUCAAGACACAAAGGGGUGGAGACGUGGCACAAAUUUGUGAAGGAAAAUUAGCAGUGGGAAAUUGACCCAGAACAAAUUCUGCUGAUGUUGUUAGCCGUAAAAUAGCUAUGUGUUUUCAAGUAGAAACUUGCUAAUUUCUUUGGGAAACCUCUGGUCGUUGCGCUAACUUGCUGUUCACAUCAGCGUUUUAGACAGCCAGGCAGCCAGUGGCGUUAGUGCUGUUUUCAGGCUGGGACUCGGUGGUCAUUGGGAAGCUACCUAAGAUCCUUCCUCAAGGUUCGGCAUGUGCUUUCCUGUGAGAUUUGAUGUGGCAGCUGAUUAUACCUGCACUGUGUCUGUCUAAAAGGAAAGAGGUGAAAAAUACAAUGUUUACUUAAAUUUUAUAACUGCAGGAAUUUCAGUUCAGCCAGACCAGAAGGUUAAUAUUAUUUGUGUAGUUCUUUCUUGGGACUUUGAGUGCUACCAAGCCGCUCUGAGCUUUUGCCCUUCUGUCCUCACACCAGGUUUUGGAAGAGUGCUUCCUCUUCACAUCUCAUUGGGAUUCCAGAGCAAAUUCUCUAACCGCUUUUCUUUGUUCCAAGUACCACGUAGAAGGGUCCACCACCAACAACCGUCAGCUGGGAAAACAACCACAAGAUCUAAAGCUUUAGCCAUUAGCUUCCAAAUAUGGUCUUUAUUUCUUGUGGUGAAAUUAUGUGCCUUUCCUUGCCUAAACCCCUUCCUGGUAUGUGUCAACAUUAUUUGUCAUCUAAUUGAUUCAUUUUUUUUGUUUGUUUUAUAAAUGUGUCUAUAAACAUUGAGCUUUUAAAAAUCUUUUUAUUCCAUUACUGUAGCACUUCAACAGAUUUUAAGAAAUGUAACUUAGUAAUUUCUUACCAUAUCCUAAGUCUUUUUUAAAAAAAAUAAAAUGAAAAAUGAGAAGAGACUCAAA